UUCCGGCGGUGACGACCUCCUCACGAGAACAUGCCUCUCGCAAAGGAUCUUCUUCAUCCCUCUCCAGAAGAGGAGAAGAGGAAACACAAGAAGUGCCUGGUGCAGAGCCUCAAUUCCUAUUUCAUGGAUAUAAAAUGCCCAGGAUGCUAUAAAAUCACCACCGUCGUUAGCCAUGCACAAACAGUAGUUUUGUGUGUUGGCUGCUCUAUUGUCCUCUGCCAGCCUACAGAAGGAAAAGCAAGGCUUACAGAAGGAUGCUGUUUCAGACGGAAGCAGCACUAG